GAAUCGCUCGGCGACCGCAAGGGGGGGGGGGGCAAGAAACCAGUUUGAACCCCGUCAUCGUGCGUCGCGAUACUUUGAGCUUGGACAACGGCGACCGAAUAUCGUGCACGCUUGCUCAGUCUGCCAUGGACUUCGACAGGGCGGCCACCCCGCUAGUCAUUUGCGACAUCUCUUCCCAGAACAUGUUCAACGAGAAGAACACAGCGCGUCAAUACUGCGCUAUUUACGUGAACAACAACCGCACGAGGGACCUGCUCUCCGUCCCUGCCGAGGAUUUCAUGAAGAGCACACUAAGCGAGAAGGACAAGAAGCCUUGGAUCGGGCGACGAUGCUGGGGGGACAUCAUGGUCUUCGUAGACGUCAACGGUGGCGAGAAGGCCCCCAGGAAGCUUGAAGACUACGUCGCGAAGACGUUCGCUCAUCAGCAUCAAACACACUUGUAUGUCCUCUACGUCUAUCGCAAGCCAGCACGGAUCUGUCUCUUCGAUCGCUCAGGAGGCGUCGUCACCGGACCGUUCCCCUACGGAAAACGAGACAACCCCACCGUCUAACGCUUCUUUCACCGACUCGCGAGGAUGACGCGUGAGGAGCUGGGGUUCGACAGCACCGCGGACAUCGCCAAGGACUACAUCGUCGCCGAACUUAGGGGCUGGGCCUCCAGCCUACGGUCGACGUAUCUCCGCAAGCAGGCCCCAGGUGCGAUGAACAAGACAUCCGAGGAGUGGCCCACGCACGAGCUCACGUUCCAGGGUCGGACACUCUACGUCAGCAAGCCUACAUUUGCCUCCUCUUCCUUGUAUUCGCGCUGCACCCGUGGCUACUGCGCCAUGGAGAAAGUGACCGGGAUUGACGGCGUCAUCGCAUAUCACCUCCGAGGACCUCUUCAAAAAGGCUGGACUGGUUACUACUAGGCCGAAUGGAUUUGACUCUCGGGCGGACUCUCAGGGUUUUCCACCAGUCAAACGCCGAAAGGGCGACACCGGUCAGCCAAACACCCGUCUUGGCGUCACGAAGGAAGAGCAGCAGUGGAAAGGCUCUCAGGUUUGCCCUUCCGGCUUUCGUUAUGUAGUUCGAAUUUCCUC